AGCAGAGAAUCAAACUCAAAAAUAAAACAAAUUAAAAAAAAAAGCAUAACAAACUCUUCUGGUUCCGCAGAGAAACGCGUAGAAUAUCUGUCCCUGAGCGAGUUGGUGACUGAGCAACAUCGAUGGUCGAGUCGGGUUCCGCCUCCUCUCCGCCGCGGCCGGUGACAGUGAACGGCGGCGAUGACGACGCGGCGCUGGCGAACUCGCGAGUGCUGACUCGGGAAGAGGUUAUCCGGCGGCGGCACCGGCGAGUGCAUCAACUGGGCCGGUGCUACCGGGCCCACUAUUGGGCCCUGAUGGAGGAGCUGAGGUCCAAGUACAGAGAUUACUGCUGGACCUACGGGAAGAACCCCUUCAAGGAGGAUCGUGCUGACAGCGACAACAACAACAACGACAACCCAAACGGCGUCGUUGCGGGUGGUGACGACAUCGUGCGGUGUCGUUUUAGCGGAUGCAAGUCUAGGGCAAUGGCUUUGACCAUGUAUUGUCACCUUCACAUAUUGUCCGAUUCCAAACAGAAGCUUUACCAGGGAUGCAGAACCGUCGCCAAAAAUUUGACAACAGGCCCUUCUUUUUGUAAUAAGCCAGCAUUGAGAUCCGUGGUUCCUCCUGCAUGCCCAAAUCAUUAUCAAUAUGGUGAAAAGUGUUUAGCUCGUGCACUUAGAAGAGCAGGUUUAGGGAAUACAAUCCCUACUAAUCGUAAGCUGAAGUUCCAUGUAAUAGUUUCUGAAUUUGUCCACCAAAUUCAAAAGAAACGAAAGCUUGCAUUGAAGGAAACUACUCCUAAAGUUGAGACUGAAUAAGAAACAAAACUAAUCUUUGAUUAUAGAAUAUAAUGUUGAAUUCUAAAGACUUUGCAGUGUAUAGAAUGAAUAUUUUCAAUAUCUGAAAAUAGGAUUAUGAUUUAAUGGUGAAGCAUUAGGUGCAAAGAAAAAAAAAACUGUACCUUAUUCAACAUAUGUAUGUUUGUAAUUUUUUCUGUCAUAGUUAAUCUCUUUCUUAGUCGUAUUCAAUGAGCAGCAUUACAAUA